AUUACAUUUUUUUUAUUCAACUUUAUCUUAGAUCAUCUUUCCAUGUAACUAUUUAUAAAGUUUUUUGCUACAUGGUAAACACAUUAAGAACCACCGGGCAUGUUUUUUUGAAGGUCAAUACUUAAUACAACCAUUUAAAAAACUCUAAGACCGACUCUAAAUAUGCAAAACAGGCUGGACCAGCCCGGCUUGGUCCACAAAAAGCCCAACCUUGGUCGAGUCAUGUUCAACGCAGAGCUUAAAAAGCCCUACCUCGCUUGUCUAUAGAUAGAGAAAUUGGCAUGUUAAGCCCCGCAAGCUAUAUUCUAAGGAUAAAUACAAGAAAUAAAAACAUAUUUUCAUUUGAUUAAUACCUAAUGCAUACAAAUUAUUGUAUGUGACGUUUUAGGGAUAUAUACAAGAAAUUGCAACAUACUUGUCUUAUCUGAAGUCAUUUUUAUAUUAUAAUAUAGUACUUAAUGCCUACAAAAUAUGUAAUAUAUCUUAAAGAUAAAUGCAAAAAAUAGCAACAUACUUUCAUUGGAGUUUUAUAAUAUAAUCUUACUUUAAUUUUUUAUAUUACAACGUUAUACAACAAAAUGGAUCCAAGAGAAAGCAACUUUUAUCCGGUCUAUCAACAUUAUAUAUGCUCCCAAUAAACCAUCCGACAAUGGCCCUAUAGUUGAAAAACAAGCUAAGGUUGGUCUAUUCUUGGUGUAAAUAUCUAUAUAUUAUCUGAUAGUUAUUCUUUUUAAUAAUUGGAAUUCAGCAGUUUUUUUUUUCAAUAUCUUUAUUAAAAAAUUAUAAAGAUAGAGGAGUAUAAGUUUGCUUCCGAAUAGUCGAUUUUGUUAUGCUUGAUACAAAGUCAAACAGUUGAACUAAGCAAAUAUACAAAAAAAGAGGGAAAAACAGAUUAUUAGUCAAAAUCACACAACCACCAACGACCUUAUUUAUUCAAUAGCUUUGACAUGGUGCAUCGGUCUGCUGGUCAGCGACAACUGGUCAAAGUCCCAACAGGUAGUAGGUUGUGGAUGUUCUCCUUUUUGCUUUUAACACAGUUUCUACACAAGGAAACAGGCGAUCGAAGAAGAUGAAGAUGGGUCCAACAUCAUCUCAAGUUAUGUCGAGGUUGAACCUGCAACCAAACCCAGAAGGUGGUUUUUACGCAGAAACAUUCAGAGACUUUUCCGUUAACCUUUCCACUUCUCAACUUCCCCCUCGAUACAAGGUCGGUCGUCCGAUUAGUACAGUCAUAUACUUCCUGCUUCUAACCGGGAGUGUAUCUCACCUCCACCGUCUUCCAAGUGCAGAAACAUGGCACUUCUACAUGGGUGAACCUCUAACGAUAUUGGAAAUGUAUGAGAAAAAUGGAAGUGUCAAGUUAACGACCAUCGGACAAGAUAUUGGGGAAAACCAACGGCUGCAGUAUACGGUGCCACCGGAUGUGUGGUUUGGUGCGUUCCCUACAAGAGACUACAACGUAUCGACGAUGGAUUAUUCAGUCGUGAAAAAUGCAGCGAGGGAUGCAGAGAAACAUUUUUCGCUGGUGGGAACCACGGUUGCGCCUGCUUUCGAGGUCGAUGACUUUGUGCUGGCUAAUCGUUCUCGACUCGUUUCUUCUUUUCCUGCUCAUCAAUCGCUUCUUUCUAUGAUCACACCUUCUGGUUAGAAGGCACCACGUCCAUGUAUUUUAGGGUAUUUGAUUUGGAUCAUGUGUAAAUACUAAAAUUUAGUCUUCUUGCUUGUAACUUGUUUUACCAAGGCAACAUGUGCGGGAAUAAAAUCGACAAGUUAAUAAAAGAACCGGUUUUCUAGUCUAAA